UCUUGUUCUUCUAAACUCUUCUUCUGGCAGUUACCAAAAGCUUCACUUCUUAUUGAAACAAAUCUGCAAUCUUUCUGUAAUUUGAUUCUGUGGGUAAUUCAAUUUUUCUCACAGAGAUAGAAAGAAGAGAUGGGUACUACAUAUUCGAUGCUUACUCAAUAUGAUAUCGAAGAAGUUCAGGAAUACUGCAACAAUUUAUUUUCUCAGCAAGAAAUAGUGUCUCUGUACGAGAGGUUCUGUCAACUCGACCGGAAUUCUAAGGGUUUCAUUUCUGCUGACGAGAUUUUAUCUGUGCCUGAGUUCUCCCUGAAUCCUCUUUCUCAGAGACUGCUUAAGAUGGUGGACGGUUUGAAUUUCAAGGAUUUUGUUGCCUUCCUAUCAGCUUUCAGUUCUAAAGCAAGCAUUCGACAGAAAAUUGAACUCAUCUUCAAAAUAUAUGAUCUUGAUGGAAAUGGGAAGGUGACCUACCAUGAUGUGUUAGAGGUGUUCCGGGAUUUGACUGGUUCGUUCAUGUCGGAGGAGCAAAGAGAGGAAGUUUUGAGGCAUUUAUUGGAGGAAGCUGGUUACGCAAAGACUUCUUCUUUAUUGCUGGAUGACUUCAUUAAGAUUCUUGACUAUCCUGGUCUGAAGAUGGAGGUUGAAGUCCCUAUCGACUAAAUCAACUCAGAGAAGCUCUUCACUAAAUCAACAUUUUGCUCGUUAUCGUUACCAUGUCAGCCUGACUUCUUUCUAUGGCUAGCUUCCUUGACCCACCACCCAACCUUGAACCGAUGAGCUAACCAAGAGAGGAGACUCCAUGGCACCCUUGUAACAUGGCUUGAAGUCGAGCGGAAGAAACAACUGUCUAUAAUGUCCUCUUUCUUUCAUUCUUCCCCUGAAAAAUAGUGAAUAAGAGCAGUUCAUGUAUUACAGGGAAAUUAAAAAUUCAGAAUCUUUGUAAAUUUUCCA